AAGAAUGAAUCUGGCCAGGAACAGUGGCCCACGCCUGUAAUCCCAGCACUUUGGGAGGCCAAGGCAGGCGGAUCACCUGAGGUCAGGAGUUCAAGACCAGCCUGGCCAACAUGGCGAAACCCCAUCUCUACUAAAAAUACAAAAAUUAGCCAGGCGUGGUGGUGGGCACCUGAAAUCCCAGCUACUCGGGAGGCUGAGUCAGGGAGAAGCACUUGAACCCAGGAGGCGGAGAUUGCAUUGAGCUGAGAUCGCGCCAUUGCACUCUAGCCUGGGCGACAGAGCGAGACUGUGUCUCAAAAAAAAAGAAUCUGUGCCUCACCCCUAGCAAUUCAAUUCUGUUUGGGCUAAGCCUGGGUUGGGACUCAGACACCAAUACAGCUCUGCAUAGAAGGUUUUACAGUAUAGUCAGCAAUAAGAACCUCUGUUUCAGGAUAAAAUGAUUUCUACAAACAUUCUUUCAUUCUCUACAUAAUUAAAUGUCACACCUCUACAGUCAUGUGAAAGUUCCAUUAAAAAGUCGCUAUAUAAAGUCUUUUAUCAUAUGGCACUUGAAAUAUUUUGCUUUUGCCUUUGUAUUUAUAGCCGUGAGUAAGUAGCUCAAAAAAGAUGUACAUAUUCCUCUGCCAACUUUCCUGUCUCCUUGUCUGAAUGAAAAUUCAUCAUAAAGUCUCAGUGGUAAGCACUGACAGAGAAAAUAUCUAAGACUGUUUUCCUACAGAAACAGUCGUCUUGCUCUUUUUGUUCCUUUUUUAUUAAGGAUUCUUACAGCCUGAGAGAAUGAAGAGCUGUGUAGUCCAGGAUAUCAGGCUGGCUACCAUAGAUCUGAGAGUCCAGUCUGGUACAGUAGAUUUUUCUAAAUACAUAAGAAUCAAAUAUAUAUAUUGAAUAUCAAGCCAGCUUUAAACAAACAUAGAUACUAGUAAUAAAGUUGUUCCAUCUUAAUUUGAAGUAAUCCAGAGUUACUACAAUCUAGAAGACUGGCAUAAGGUCCCAGCUGGUGAUAUGAAGAGGUGGCUACAACUGUAAUAACGACCUGUAAUCUCUCUUGAAGAAAAGAGGACAGAGCUCACAGUGAUCAUGCAGCUGGAAAGUGCAGGAGAAAAUCCUAGAAAGAAUGUUGGAGUGGCAGAACCCCAAACACUGUUUAUAAACUCUGCUUGAAUUUCUUGCAAACCCCUGAACUGUACAUGUGUGGAGCAGCCUCCAAACAGCACACUUAAGGCUAAAGGAGCAGAGAUUUCAGCUGCUGUUCACCACAGGGGAGGCAGAACUUGGAGUUUAAGUCCAGCUAAGAACCACAAUGGACACUGCCAGCCAUAGCCUUGUUCUUCUCCAGCAGCUGAACAUGCAGCGAGAAUUUGGUUUUCUGUGUGAUUGCACAGUUGCAAUUGGAGAUGUUUACUUCAAAGCCCACAGAGCGGUGCUUGCUGCUUUUUCUAACUAUUUCAAGAUGAUAUUUAUUCACCAAACAAGUGAAUGCAUAAAAAUACAACCAACUGACAUCCAACCUGACAUAUUCAGCUAUUUGUUGCACAUUAUGUACACGGGGAAAGGGCCAAAACAGAUUGUGGAUCAUAGUCGUUUGGAGGAAGGGAUUCGAUUUCUUCACGCUGACUACCUUUCUCACAUUGCAACUGAAAUGAAUCAAGUGUUCUCACCAGAGACUGUACAGUCCUCAAAUUUAUAUGGCAUUCAGAUCUCAACAACCCAAAAAACAGUUGUCAAACAAGGACUGGAGGUCAAAGAAGCUCCUUCCAGUAACAGUGGAAACAGAGCUGCUGUCCAGGGUGACCACCCCCAGUUGCAGCUAUCUCUCGCUAUUGGUCUGGAUGAUGGCACUGCAGACCAGCAGAGGGCCUGUCCUGCCACCCAGGCCCUGGAGGAGCACCAGAAGCCCCCAGUUUCCAUCAAGCAGGAGAGAUGUGACCCAGAAUCUGUGAUCUCCCAGAGCCACCCCUCACCCUCAUCAGAGAUGACAGGCCCCACUUUUACUGAAAACAGUAUCAAAAUACACUUAUGCCAUUACUGUGGGGAACGUUUUGAUUCCCGUAGUAACCUAAGGCAACAUCUCCAUACACAUGUGUCUGGAUCCCUGCCAUUCGGUGUCCCUGCUUCCAUUCUGGAAAGUAAUGACCUUGGUGAAGUGCAUCCGCUUAAUGAAAACAGCGAGGCCCUUGAAUGCCACAGGCUCAGCUCCUUCAUUGUUAAGGAGAAUGAACAGCAGCCAGACCACACCAACCGGGGUACCACAGAGCCUUUGCAGAUCAGUCAAGUAUCUUUGAUCUCCAAAGACACAGAGCCAGUAGAAUUAAACUGUAAUUUUUCUUUUUCAAGGAAAAGAAAAAUGAGCUGUACCAUCUGUGGUCAUAAAUUCCCUCGAAAGAGCCAAUUGUUGGAACACAUGUAUACACACAAAGAGUCUCGCUGUGUCGCCCAGGCUGGAGUGCAGUGGUGUGAUGUUGGCUCACUGCAAGCUCCGUCUCCCGGGUUCACUCCAUUCUCCUGCCUCAGCCUCCUGAGUAGCUGGGACUACAGGCACCCACCACCACACCCAGCUAAUUUUUUUUGUAUUUUUUUAGUAGAGACGGGAUUUCACCGUGUUAGCCAGGAUGGUCUCGAUCUCCUGACCUCGUGAUCUGCCCGCCUUGGCCUCCCAAAGUGCUGGGAUUACAGGCGUGGUAUAUCUCAUUUUUAAUAAAAAAAACAGUUAAAGGGAGAAGAGUCAGAGAAACAUUAAAAAAUAUUUGAGAAACAGUGAGAUAUACACACAUAGAUAAAUAAGCGUGCAGAGACAGAAACUGAGCUAGAACUGCAUUGACUAAAAACCCCAGGGUUGUUAACCUUGGUCUAGAGUGUUUUCUUAGACACCUUAAAAAGCAAUUUGAGAUUAUUAUUUUUUUUGAGACGGAGUCUCACUCAGUUACCCAGGCUGGAGUGCAGUGGCACGGUUUUGGCUCACUGCAAGCUCCGCCCCCCGGGUUCACGCCAUUCUCCUGCCUCAGCCUCCCAAGUAGCUGGGACUACAGGCACCCACCAACACGCCCAGGUAAUUUUUUGUAUUUUUAGUAGAAACGGGGUUUCACCGUGUUAGCCAGGAUGGUCUCGAUCUCCUGACCUCAUGAUCCACCCGCCUCGGCCUCCCAAAGUGCUGGGAUUACAGGCGUGAGCCACCGCGCCCGGCGUGCAAUUUGAGAUUUUUAUGACCAGAGGUUUACGUGAGUUGAAAGAGAAAGAUGAUAAAAUAUAAAUCAUGUUUCUACCCUCAGUGUCAGGAUUUUUGGGGCUUCCUGGGUUGAUAUUAAUUUUCUAAAAAUCACUUGAAAAAGUAAUUUUUCAGUGGCACAGUUUUCACUUUUUUCCUGAUCCAUAAAACCAGCAAAGUGGGUACAUUCAGUGUUCUAUAACUACAUUUAAAAUCCAUGAUGUUAGCUUUCCCUCUAUAAAUCAACUUAACUCUCUUUUAUAAUGGUGACACUUACAAAGCUCAAACCCCAGGAAAAUUAAAGUUGAUGGAAUAAAUAACUGAUUCCCUAGCUCUAUAUACCUGGGAAAUAGCUGGUUAAGCUUCACCACAAAGGAUAGAUCUAAAUUGUUUCUGAAAUGUUUAAAUUUCAAACACCGCAUAGUCAAGGAUAAUAAAACAGACUCAUCUUUUUUUGCCCUCUUGUUAAAUUCUAAGCGUCACAGGCAUUUGAAUACAUCUAAAAAAUUUGGUUUGUGAGCCUUAGAAUUUAACCACUUACAAAACUCUUGAGCUCCUUCCACUUCCGAGGACAUUUCCUGACACAUUGAACGGCAUCAGCGUUCAAUCAGGAGGGAGCUCAAAGAGUAAUCCAGCUAAUUCUAAGGACACAAAGGUUUUCUCUAGGUAAACAGUUUAGGUAAAUUACAAAGUGGUAAGUUUUUCUUGAGGAUUGAAUGAAUUGUGUUAGUCAGUUGAGUUUGUGUAAGGCAGUUGAGUUUCUGCCUUAAACAAGUGAGUAAAGGCUCCUAUCGUUGAGACUGAUGUGUGUUGAGAGCAAAUCUAACUUGAUAAGAUCAAUUGUAUUGGGAGUAAUUAAAACAAAUGUAUUGUUCUUUGGGGUCAGAACUUCAUCUAAUCUUAAACUUUUUUCUACCAAUUCACUUAAGCAACUAUUUAAAUUUGUACUGCCCUCAAAGAUGUCAUCUCAUUGGAAGAACACAAGUAUUAACAUUGAUUUUUUGUAUUUUAGGCUAGUUAAGAUAUAUUUCCCAGCCUUCUUCAAUUCAAAUUCUAUUGUUCUUAUUAAGAUAAUUUUUCUCCUCUAUAUUCUUCCCUGUUUGCCCUCUCAUUAUUAUUAUUUUUUUAAUUUAAUUUUUUUUUUAAGAUGGAGUUUCACCCUUGUUGCCCAGGCUGGAUUGCAAUGGCGUGAUCUUGGCUCACUGCAACCUCUGCUGCCUGGGUUCAAGCAAUUCUCCUGCCUUAGCCUCCCAAGUAGCUGGGAUUACAGGCAUGCGCCACCACACCCAGCUAAUUUUGUAUUUUUAGCAGAGACGGGGUUUUACCAUCUUGGUCAGGCUGGUCUGGAACUCCUGACCUCAGGUGAUCCACCAGCCUCGGCCUCCCAAAGUGCUGGGAUUACAGGUGUGAGCCACCGUGCCAGGCCCACUCAUUAUUCUUUGACACAAGAAAUCCUUGUAUAUAGCUAAAGGGUGGAGGUAGAGUUGUAUAUGGAUGGUGGGAUAAGACAGCAAGUGCCUCAGGGCAGAGUUUGGAUAAAUGGUAAGAGUUUGCUAGCAGCUGAUUGGCUGUGAUAGACAACACUGAUUUAAAGCAGAAAUAUAUCUGUUGAGAGUUAAGAAAAUGGUGGUUAACUGUAUUUCUAUUCUUAUAGUUCCUUUUAAUAUUAGAAAUUCAAAGCAAAUGCUCUUUCCUUGUUCCUUAUAACAUUCAUUCUGUUUAGGAAGUGGGAAAAUAAUCAACUUCAUUUUAUAGAAAAAAAAAUCCCAAAAGCUGAAUUCCAGAGAUGCAGUGAAUAGUGGUGUGGGACUGACCCCCAGUUUUUGUUAUUGUUGUUUUCAUUUAUUCUGCAGGCUUUUUUUUUUUUGAGACAGUCUUGCUAUGUCGCCAGGCUGGAGUGCAGUGGUGCAAUCUCAGCUCACUGCAACCUCCGCCUCCCAGAUUCAAGUGAUUCUCCUGCCUCAGCCUCCUGAGCAUGUGCCACCAUGCCCAGCUAAUUUUUAUAUUUUUAGCAGAGACAGGGUUUCACCAUGUUGGCCAGGAUGGUCUCGAGCUCCUGACCUCGUGAUCCACCUGCCUCAGAUUACGGGCAUGAGCCACCGCGCCCAGGUCUACAGGCAUUUUUUAAAGUGACUGUCAUAUGCCUAACACUGUGCCCUGAGUAUUAUUUUUUAAAGACAUGAUUGCGACCGGGCACGGUGGUUCACGCCUGUAAUCCCAGCACUUUGGGAGGCCGAGGUGUGUGGAUCACGAGGUCAGGGGAUUGAGACCAUCCUGGAUAACACGGUGAAACCCCGUCUCUACUAAAAAUACAAAAAAAUAGCCGAGCAUGGUGGCGGGCGCCUGUAGUCCCAGCUACUCGGGAGGCUGAGGCAGGAGAAUGGUGUGAACCCGGGAGGUGGAGCUUGCAGUGAGCCGAGAUCUGCCACCGCACUCCAGUCUCUGGGCGACAGAGCAAGACUCCGUCUCAAAAAAAAAAAAAAAAAAAAGACAUGAUUGCUAACUGAGAAAAUUUGCUUUGUAUUUUAAAAGUUCUUCCAGCUAGGCCAGGCAUGGUGGCUCACACCUGUAAUCCCAGCAUUUUGGGAGGCCAAGGUGGGCGGGUCACAAGGUCAGAAGAUCAAGACCAUCCUGGCUAACACAGUGAAACCCCAUCUCAACUAAAAAUACAAAAAAUUAGCUGGGUGUGGUGGCAUGCACCUGUAAUCCCAGCUACUCGAGAGGCUGAGGCGGGGGAAUAGCUUGAAUAGCUUGAACCUGGGAGGCGGAGGUUGCAGUGAGCGGAGAUUGCACCACUGCACUCCAGCCUGGGUGACAGAGCGAGACUCCAUCUCAAAAAAAAAAAAAAAGUUCUUCCAGCUAAAAUGUUUAUUUUUGACUACAUCUCCACAAAAUGGAGCUAUACUGUUAGCCAGUAUCCUAAUAAUAUAGUGCAGUUUGCAUAAUAAUUACCAAGCUUGAAACUGGAAAUGUCAUAUGCACUUUCGUCUGUGUAUCAGGCAAAUACUAAACAAACAUUUUCCCCUUGAGUCAGCUUAAAAUUUUCCCUUCUUUCGAAAUCUCACACAGUUGUUUUCUGGAGAAAAAUAGAGACUGUUUUAGUAUUUGUUCUUAUUAGCAUAUCAUCAGAACUCAGCACAGUCUGCCUUAUAAGAAAACAAAAAUUUUUUUUAUUUAUAACUCUUGAGAUUGUUACUUCUUGCUCUUUCUGAUUUGCCAUCCGUAAAGUGGGUGUAAGCAAUACCUACCUCACAGGGGUGUUGUGAGGAUUUAUAUUAAACGUGUUAAGUUCUCUCAGUAUUAUUGAUUAAAAUCAACCAUAUAAACGACAUUUAUUCUGUAGCUAGACCUAUUAACUUUAGUAUUUCAGCCUAUAAAUUCUAGAAUGUUCUUAAAAGCAGUAAUGUGCUACCUAAUAUUCAAUAACUAAUUGACAGAACUCAUUGUUAUUUUUUACAAAUAACUCUAGAAACAAUACUGUUGCUAGAAUUCCUGUUCUAUUGUAAUUUAAUCAUCACCGUUUCUUUUUAGCUUUCAGUAAAGAGGAUGUUAGUUCUUUGGCAUUAUUGGGAAUAAAACUUUGUCAAUUUCAGCUUUAUUGAAAGUUCUCCCAAAUAUAUUGUUUACACAAAGGAAAAGGAACAAAAACAAUAAAGAAAUACCUUUUUUUUUUUUUUUUUGAGAUGGAGUCUCACUCUGUUGCCUAGGCUGGAGUGCAGUGGUGCGAUCUCGGCUCACUGCAACCUCUGCCUGCCAGGUUCAAGCGAUUCUUCUGCCUCAGCCUCCCGAGUAGCUGAAACUAUAGGCACGUACCACCACACCCAGCUAAUUUUUGUAUUUUUAGUAGAGAUGGGGUUUCACCAUGUUGGCCAGGCUGGUUUCGAACUCCUGACUUCGUGAUCUGCCUACCUCAGCCUCCCAAAGUGCUGGGAUUACAGGUGUGGGCCACUGGGCCCAGCCCAUUUUUAUUUCUUUGAUGUAGGUCAUCUAAAUAGUAGAUGAGGACAGGAAAUGGGGUGAAGGUAAUAGUAUUAUUAGAAAAGUCUUCACUGAAAACUGAAGGAAAUACAUAUUAAUCGUGGAAAAAGAUAGUGUGAAAAAUGUGUAAUUUCAUUAACAUUUAUUUGUACAGGCACAUUCUUGAUAUUGUGAGUCAGAUACUUGAUAAGUGUCCAUUUUUUGUAGUAAUUGAUGUAAAAAUGGGCCAUGCGAAGAGUUUUCAUAAUGUAAUUUGUGUCUUUAUAUGUUUUGAACUACAUGUAGAUCUGUGGCACUUAAAUUAUUAAUUUUUAAUUUCUUAAGAGUGAAGUCUGUAAAUGAUUUCUCUCUGCUGUAUUUCUGUGUUUGUAUGGUUGGACAUUUUGAAAACUGGUGAGAUUACACAAUCCCAAACCUGGAUGUCUUAAAUACAAGGAAUUAUAAACUGUGAUUUUUGUCUUGAAGACCUGGAAGAAUUCAUUGUGCUUCAGUAUGUAUUUGUACUGCACUUGAUUAAUUAGUUAAGUAUUGCUCUGGUGCAAUUGACAUUAACUGUCAUCAACUCUUCUAUUUUGUGCUAAAUAAAGUCAUUUAGUCAGAAUGGAUCAAAUAUAAACUUAUACUUUAAACUUAGAUUAUAAAAACUUGUUCAAUAAAAAAGACCCACUGAAAAAUCUUCAAAGUACAUGUAACACAUAGCAAAUACAGGAGACCAAAAUCAAUAAUACAUUGUGUGGCUAAACUCAUCCACCUAAUGUACUGUGAAUUUGCUUCAGAAACAUUCUUUUAGAAAGCUGUGUAUCAUGAAUAGUGCCGCAAUAAACAUACGUGUGCAUGUGUCUUUA